AUGGCAUCGCCAUACGACUUCACAACGGAGCAGGGACUCGGCGACUAUCUUUCUGCAGCCCAGUCAGGACACACCAGCGUAAAGCUACUUUCAGGCGGCACAGCAAACUACGUAUACCGGUGCACAAAACAAGAUGAAUCCACAAGCAUCUUCAAGCACGCCGCGCCAUACCUCCACAGCAACAAGAACUUUGCUUUUGACCCUACACGAAUGGACUACGAAGCCAACAUCCUCACUCAACUUGCCUCCAAAAGCAAACCCUUUUUCGCCAACCCCCCAAAUACAACUGCACACGCCGUCCAACUCCUAAACUACAACAAGGACAACAAGCUCCUCGAAAUCGAAGACGGCGGAACCUGCAACCUCAAAGACGCAUACACCUCCCCCGACCUCAACAUCCCCCAAAUCGGCCAGCACCUAGCAACCUGGCUCGCAGCCCUACACAACUCCUCCACCAAAACCUCCCUUGUACUCAAAGGCCAAGACAGCAGUUCAAAAAACAAUCCCAUCGGCGUCGCCGUAUACCGCCAUUCCUACCACAACUUGCACCUCGCCCUCGAGAAAUACGGUUACGACACUCACCUCGCGUACCGCAUCAACGAGGACUUUGGUAGUCUGCUCGCUACAGACGAUGAGUGCGUGUGUCACGGCGACUUCUGGCCUGGAAACGUGCUCGUACGUUCAAACGAGGCUCAACCUCCCAGUCUCACGAUUGUGGAUUGGGAAAUGGUGCGCAGGGGUACUAGUGCAACGGACGUUGGGCAGUUUGCAGCUGAGGCGUUUUUGCUCGAUCGGUUUCGAGGGGGCAGAGGCUUGCUUGCGGCGUUUUUGAAGGCGUAUGUUGCUGAGAGGAAGGAUGGUGAGGUGUUGGGGGAGAUGUGGCUAAAGAGGAUGGUGGUGCAUUGGGCGGUGCAUGUGGCGUUCUGGCCUACGCGUGUUGAAUGGACAGAUGCGGCUGGUACGCAGAAGCUGGUGGAUAUUGGUGUUGGUGCGUUGGAGGGUAUGUUGAAAGAUGAUUGGGAGAAGGUGCUGGGGUCGCCGUUACUGGAGGAUGUCGGAGAUGUUUUUGCGCCGAUUCUAGAGAGAGUAUAA